AAGGCACUUAUGACAAGGCAAAGAGGAGGGCCAAGAAGGCGGAAUGCGAGUCGGCUGUGGACACCACGGAGCUGUCGGCGAUGCUGCUGCGGGUGCAGCUGGAGGUGCGGCAGCAGAACAGGGACGUCUUGCAUGAGCUGCAACAGCUGAGGCAUGAAGUACGGGUCGUGUCUGAGAGGCUGGAUGAAACAGCCUCUCGACAAGACCCGUGCAGUGUCUCAGCCUGCCUUGUCGACGGUGCCUCCAGUUCUUCCUCGGCUACCUGCCGGCAAUAUUAAAGAAGUAGAGGCAGCCGUGCGGGAUGAGGCUGUGGCUGCCACCUUGCGCAAGCACCUCCUGCAAAUAGGAGGGAAGUCAUUGCGCGAGGUGGCAUCGAAUGCCAUGAAGGCUGUAAUGGCGCACCCCGUCCAAGUGCUUUACAGCUUUCAUAGCAGGAAAGGGAAGAGGGCAUUCAUCAAUUUGAAGUUAUGCCAGAUAGUCACAGAUGUCAUCUGUGCGAAAGGGGGGGGGGGGCGACCUGACAGAAGCACAGGACUUCAUUAAGAGGUGGUUGCCAGGGUCUGUGGACAGGGGUGGUGGCAGGAAGAGGCGUUUCGCAGAAACGCUUGCAGCAGAGAAGCCCGAUGAUCCCUCCCUUUGGGGCAGGAAUCAUUGCCGGCCCACUGCUGCCCUCUCCCUGCCCCACCCUAGCCCUCAGGUCCCUGGCCAUUCCACUGUCGGCCCCUCCUGUCCGGCUGCUGCUGCCCCUGCUCCUUCCCCUGCUGCAGCCCCUGUUCCUGCAGUCCCUGCCG